AUGAUUGCCAUGACCGAUACGGGGUCUGAUUUUGUGUCCCUGAAAGCAUAUCAUGUCAUCCAGUGGUUGUUCUUUGCCCUCUGUCUACUUGCUUUCGCGGGCCGUACGUAUGUUCGUUACGUUUGUUUCCACCGUCUCCUCGUUGAGGACUGGCUUAUGCUCUUGGCCCUAGCAUGCCAUUUGGGCUUAGCUAUCAUGGGCCAACUGUUCUUAGCCAACAUAUAUGAGGUGACUGCUGCUGAGCAUGGCGCGCCAAUUGGGCCCAACUUCUUUACGAGCGGAUUGCAUGCCCUCAAGGCAUUCGGAGUCCUAUCGGUACUGAGUGUGAUUGGAAUUUGGCUCAUCAAACUCAACUUUCUCUUGUUCUUUUAUCGACUUGGCAACCAGAUUGCCGUAUACCGGGUCGUGUGGUGGAUUGUCUUUAUCUUCAGUAUUGGCUGUGGUGCAGGUUGCUUGGGGCUAUUCCAAUACCCGUGCAUGUUCGGCAGUCUCGAGACCGUCUUCGUGCAGUGCUCUACAUUCUCUGUCAUUCGAGAGACGUACGUUCGUGUCGUCAUGACCGCGGUUCUUGACAUUGUGUCCGAUGUCACCAUUCUCGCUUUCCCCAUCUACAUUCUCUGGAAAGUCAAGAUCACUUUACGGAAGAAACUCCUUCUUUCAGCAGUAUUCGGUAUGGUUGGGUUUACAAUCGCCGUUACAAUCGUUCGUGGCAGUAUUUUCGGUGGCGUCUAUAAAUCUAUUAACGAAAGUGGGGAGAACCAAGUGAACAUCACUUGGAUAACUUUCUGGUUCCUCGUCGAGUUCACUGUUGCCUACAUCAUCGCCUGCAUCGUCUCGUUCCGAACACUCUUCGUUCACAAUGAGCAGCAGUCUGAGGCAAGAGAUGCAGGGCGCAAGCGGCAAGAGUCGGAAGAGCGCAGGAGACAAGGCCUGAUGGAGAGGAUGCGCAGGCUCCACGACUCGAUCCUGGACACAUGCCGCACCUGGGAGGGCCACUGGGACGACUCAAGCCUGUCUCUCUUGCGCACAUUCCGGUUGCCCAAGCCGCCUUCGGGAAGAUUGAGUGUUGAUUUUUCGAGAGACACCGGGGUGUCUUCCAGCCAGAGGGUCUCGAAAGAAUUGAGCAAUGAAUUCCAGGCCUGA